UGUAAUAGGACUCUCAUUGUAAAGGUAGGUACGUAUUUUUACUAAUUCCUGUUUUGAAUAAUUUUGCUAAACAGAACAAGUGUGAAGUUCGUAUUUUUGUCUUCUGUUGACGGAUUGGAUCGGUUCGUUUGUCCAAAUUGUCAUUGUCAAAAGUGGUGUUACAGUAAAAUAACCUUAUUUUUCGUGGAAGUCCGCGUGACUGUGUGGUAAUUUAUUUAUUUUGAAGAAACGUUUGAAGAACAUUUUCAAAACCAAAAUGGGUAAAGUACGAUCUGCUCCGGGUGCCCCCCGAAAACAGGGAUUUAACAAAUCUGGACAUUCUAUGAACCCAGAUAGGCCAACGGAAGGACUGAAAGGGGUCGGAAAUCCUAGGACAAAGGGAACCAUAAAGAGACUGCAAAUGUAUCGUAAUUUUAAAGCAAAAAGAGAUAAAACCGGCAAAAUUUUGACACCAGCUCCAUUUCAAGGCUGGUUGCCUUCUGGUGUCCAAGCUAGAGUUGAACCAAAUCAGAAAUGGUUUGGAAAUUCUAGGGUUAUAUCACAAAACGCCUUGCAGAAGUUUCAAGAAGAGUUUGGAGCUGCAGUGAAGAACCCCUAUCAAGUGGUUAUGAGACCUACAAAUUUGCCUAUUACUUUACUUAAUGAAAAAGCUAAAAAUUCCAGGGUACAUCUGUUAGAUACUGAAGGCUUUGAUAGAACAUUUGGACCAAAAAAGCAAAGAAAAAGAGUCAACCUUAAGUUCAGUGACUUACAAACACUAUCAAAGGCUGUUGAAGAAAAUACUGAGAAAUAUGAUGAAACUAAAGACAUAGACCGAGUACGGGAAGAUACAGGUGUGAAAGAAGGUCAAAGAGAUUGGGUUUUUGGUGCUGGUAUGAGUAGAAGGAUAUGGAAUGAGUUAUACAAAGUCAUUGAUUCAUCUGAUGUUUUGCUCCAAGUUCUUGAUGCUCGAGAUCCAAUGGGAACGAGAAGUCCUUAUGUGGAGAAAUUUCUAAGAGAGGAAAAGCCACAUAAACAUUUAAUAUUUAUUCUAAACAAAGUUGAUCUUGUUCCUAAUUGGGUGACUCAACGAUGGGUUGCUAUAUUAAGUUCAGAAUAUCCAACCAUAGCCUUUCAUGCUUCUUUGACACAUCCUUUUGGGAAAGGAUCACUUAUAAAUUUGCUGCGACAGUUUGCAAAAUUACACAUUGAUAAAAAACAAAUAAGUGUGGGGUUGAUUGGAUAUCCAAAUGUAGGAAAAUCUUCAGUGAUUAAUACAUUGAGGUCGAAAAAAGUUUGUAAAGUGGCACCUAUUGCAGGAGAAACCAAAGUAUGGCAGUAUAUAACAUUGAUGAAAAGAAUAUUCUUGAUUGACUGCCCUGGAAUUGUGUAUCCUUCAGCAGAAACAGACACAGAAAAAGUUUUGAAAGGAGUUGUUAGAGUAGAACUAGUUCAAAACCCAGAUGAUUAUAUUGAGGAGGUUAUCAAGCGAGUCAGAAAAGAGUACUUGGUUAAGACAUAUAAAGUUAAUGGCUGGGACACACCUAUUGAAUUUCUUGAAAAACUUGCAGCUAGAACAGGUAAAUUGCUAAAAAAAGGUGAACCAGAUGUAAAUCAGGUAGCAAGGAUGGUGCUUAAUGACUGGCAAAGAGGAAAGCUUCCCUUUUAUGUUGCUCCUGAAGGUUUUGAAGUACCACUUUCAAAACAAAAGGAUGAAUCAGAAAUCAACAAUGUUCCAAAAACUACUGUAGAGAAGGAAAAGGAAGCAGAAGAAGAAAUAUCUCAACAAGAAAAUGAGCAGCAACCAGAAAUAGCAACUCUUAAUGUAAAUAAACUAGUAAUAGCACAAGAUUUUGCCAAAAUAAGGGUUGGCUUACAGUUUGAUAAUGAAGAUGAUGUUAAACCCCUUAAUACAAUUGAUAUACCUGAUGAUUUAAAAGGGAUAGAUGAUCAAGAUGAAGAAGUAUCACAGGAAGGUGAAAAUGAAAACAAUGAUACAGAUGGUGAUUCAUCAGAUAUAAGUGACUUUUACAGCCAUGAUGAAAACGAAUGUAGUGAUGUUGAGGAUUAUUUGACUAACAACACAGAAACAGUUAAGGCAUUAAAAAGAAAACGUAUGGAGGCUGCUAGUGGCGCUUUCAUAAUUGAUGAUGUUACACAAAAACAAAAGAAAUCUAAAGGCAAUCCUGUAAAUGCAAAAUCAAUCAAAAAGCUAACUGCUAAACAAAGAAGAGCUAUAGAUAGAGCUCAACGCCGCACAAAAACAGGAAGCAACUUUUAUGAAGUGUCUAAUGUUAAAAAUAGAAAUAGAUAUAAAAAAAAACUUGUGUAAAGUAAUAAACUGUUUUAUUUAAUCAAAGUUCAUUGCUUCUUUUUUGUUUCCUCCCAGGCAGAGAAGUGGGAGCAAAUACUCAUGGAUACCUUACAG